AUGGUCCUCGAUCGACUGGUCAGCAUGGCCCUCCGGGCUACGGAGCUCGUCUUCGCCGCCAUCGUCGCCGGCGUCACAGGCCACUACCUGCACCAGUCCGACGCCAGCUCGUGGGACUUGAGCCGCUUCAUCUACACCGAAGUGGUCGCUGCCAUCGCCAUGUUCCUAUCCCUCAUAUGGCUGUUUCCUUUCUCUUCCACUUUCAUCCACUGGCCCAUGGACCUCAUCCUCGUCGGAACUUCCUGCGGCGCCGUCUUCUACUGGGGCGACGUCUCUCUGCGAGGCGACGAGUGCGGUAGGUUCAAGGCUGAUAUCGCUUUCGCUUUUCUUUCGGCCCUCCUGUGGCUCGUCUCGGCACUUGUCGGUAUCCUCUGGGUUCGAAAGCAGGACCGCCGCGCUGCCGCUCGUGCCGACGUUCACCACAGCCGACCUUGGUACCGACGAAGUCGAGCCUAG